AUGACGCAGCUGUUUGCGUCCACUCCGUCGGCGAUGACAAAUAACGAAAAGCGAGGGAACUUCCCCGGGCUCUCGCUGCCAUCCCGAAAACACUCCAACGAGUCAGGCCACCUACCGACCAAGAUCAAGAAUUUCUUCCGCAUCAACAGCUCCAGUAGUCACUCGUCCACAGGCGGCAGCCCCGCGAGUCAUGACCGGGAGCGUGAGAAGGAAAUUCCCGUCAAGAACGAAAAGUCCGCCUUCCGCCAGUCUCGAUUCCUCCCUACCAUCGGUCGCAAUCGGUCAACGACAGUGGCCAGUGAGGGCAAUCCGCUAGAUGACGGCGUCUCGCCCACUGCCACUGCCAAUCCCUACUUUGCUCAUCAGGGGCAGCCCGCCCUACGACACCGGAAUGAUGGGUCCGUCCCUUCUUCCCCUCCCGAUACCCCCGAGUUGCAGGUCACCGGGGUCUCUGCUGUGGAGCAGGCUACCACCGCCAACAAGGAGGAACUGGCACGUAAGCUGCGCCGUGUGGCUUCCGCCCCGAAUGCUCAGGGGCUGUUUGCCAACGGCCAAGGCGACGACCGCCCCCAGACUGCUGAGAUGGGCAAGGAGCCUCUUGUCGAAGCCCCCGGGAUUGAUGCCUCAGUAGGCCUGCCCUCCUCCGGCAAUGAAAAGAACGCUGCCUUGGCUGUGCCUUCUCUUGGUGUCGAUAGCAGGAUAUCUGGUGCGAGUGAUUCCGGCUUCCGUCGUACCUACAGCUCAAAUUCGAUCAAGGUGCGCAAUGUCGAGGUUGGACCUGCUAGUUUCGAUAAGAUCAAAUUGAUUGGCAAGGGAGAUGUGGGCAAGGUAUAUUUGGUUCGUGAAAAAAAGUCUAGUCGUCUCUAUGCCAUGAAAGUCCUGAGCAAGAAGGAAAUGAUCAAGCGCAACAAGAUCAAGCGUGCCCUGGCUGAGCAGGAAAUCUUGGCCACUAGCAACCAUCCAUUCAUUGUCACUCUGUAUCAUAGCUUCCAGUCUGAGGAUUACUUGUACCUGUGCAUGGAAUACUGCAGUGGUGGGGAGUUCUUCAGGACCUUGCAAACUCGGCCAGGAAAAUGUAUCUCCGAGGAUGCGGCUCGAUUCUAUGCUGCCGAGGUCACUGCCGCCCUAGAGUACCUCCAUUUGAUGGGUUUUAUCUACCGCGAUCUUAAGCCAGAGAAUAUUCUCCUACAUCAAUCCGGUCAUAUCAUGCUUUCAGACUUCGAUUUAUCCAAGCAGUCUGGACCUGGCGGUGCCCCGACCAUGAUUCCUGGACGAAGUGGUGGCAACUCCACCACAGCUCUGCCUACAAUUGAUACCAAGUCAUGCAUUGCUGACUUCCGUACGAACUCUUUCGUGGGAACAGAGGAGUAUAUUGCGCCCGAGGUAAUCAAGGGAUGCGGCCACACCAGUGCCGUCGAUUGGUGGACUCUGGGUAUUCUGAUCUACGAGAUGCUGUACGGAACUACGCCCUUCAAGGGCAAGAACCGAAACGCCACCUUUGCUAGUAUUCUGCGGGACGAUGUCACGUUCCCUGAGCCUUCCGGUUCCCAGCAAACCUCAACGCUUUGCAAGUCAUUAAUCCGCAAACUGCUCAUCAAAGAUGAGACCAAGCGCCUCGGUGCUCGUGCUGGUGCCUCGGAUGUGAAGACCCACCCCUUCUUCCGGACAACUCAAUGGGCACUCAUUCGACACAUGAAACCUCCCAUGAUACCUCACCAAGGCCGUGCUGGCACCGACACUGUGAACUUCCGCAAUGUCAAGGAGAGCGCGAGCGUGGACAUUGGCGGGACAAAUCCGACCAAGAUGAAGGGAGUUCCCAUGGACUCGGGCCUAGCCACUCCAAAUGGCGAGUUGAACGAUCCCUUUGAAGAAUUCAACAGUGUCACCCUCCAUCACGAGGGAGACAUGUGA